ACAUGGUAAACUUCCUUGGAAACGUCUUCUUGAACCUUCAAUUAGAAUUGCUCGAGAAGGAUUCCCUAUCCCACUUGAAUUAUAUGUUACUAUGAAGGGUUCAAUCGCAAGAUCUACUGUCGACACAAUCCAAAGUAGAGGUGGCAUAAUAACCAUGGAAGAUUUGGCUGCCUAUAGACCUACUAUUCGCGAACCUCUUAUAGGAUAUUAUCAAGGACGAAAGAUCAUAACAUCUCCUGAACCUGGUAGUGGAACAAUCUUAUUAUUCUUGUUAAAUGUUUUGGAAGAAUACAAAUUCCACGAAGCUGGUCGUACUAUUUUAAAUGCUCAAAGAAUGGCUGAAGCAUUCAAAU